UAUGUUUAUAUAUGUUACUAUCGUCAUCGUCGGCUCGUGACAUUGGAUCGUAGCUUGGUCGCACGUAUAGCGUACCGGAAUGUUUUAUACUGCACUUCUGUUCAUUUAACAGUCAAAGAUGAUUGAGUGCGAUAAGUGGUGUGGAGUGGAGUGGGUGGGUCAGUUGAUACUUACCCUGUUGUCGCGAUAGGUGGCGAACGAUUGAUGUUGCUAGGAGAGUGCGGUGGCCAGUGGGCGCUUGACUCUUGGCAGCCGUCUUAUCAACAAACAAAACUGAAACCGAGUGAAGCAGUGAGUCCCGGUGAGCUGGCAGGGGUCCCGUACCCCCCCCCCCCCCCGUAGCGGGCCCGCCGGGAUGUCCCGGCUGUCCCCGGCCCCAGCCGCUAUCUAGCGGUGGUCUGAGUCACCCGGGACGUUUGCAUCAACUCAGCGGGGCCGCGGACGACUCAGAUAGCGCCCGCUUGUAGAGACGAGGGGCCGUGCCGUCAGGCUGCUCUCGACUCCAGUCGUCCCGCGGGUCCGUCGUCGGACCGACGCCGGCACGCUCCAUCGGGAUACCUCAGCGGCGCAUAGCGACCAUCAUGCUUCCUCAGCCGACAGCGGGAGAGGCGGCCGGGGCCGGCGGACGCGCCGUGCCCAUCCUGGUACCGUCCGCGGAGGGUCGCCUGGAGCUGGACGAGGCCGCGCUGCGCUCCGUCCUGCUGCAGGACGACGUGCGCCACCUGCCCGUGGUGGUGGUGGCCGUGGCCGGCGCCUUCCGCAAGGGCAAGUCGUUCCUGCUCAGCCUGCUACUGCGGUACCUGGAGCGCGGCGGCGCGGCCGACUGGACGGGAGCGCCGGACGAGCCGCUCACGGGCUUCGCGUGGCGCAGCGGCCGCCAACGGCACACCGUCGGCAUCCACAUGUGGUCGCGGCCGACGCUCGUCCGGCUCCCCUCCGGCGAGCAGGUGGCCGUGGUGCUGAUGGACACGCAGGGCGCCUUCGACGACCGCACGGCGGUGGCUGAGAACGCCACUGUGUUCGCGCUCAGCGCCCUCAUGAGCUCGGUGCAGAUCUAUAACGUGUCGAGAGAUAUAGGCACCAGCGAUCUGCAGCACCUGCAGCUGUUCUCUGAGUUCGGCAGUCUGACUGCCGCCGAGGGCCACGGCACCGCCUUCCAGCGACUGCUGUUCCUGGUGCGCGACUGGCAAUCACCCUCCGAAGCGCCGUACGGCACCGUGGGAGGUCAAAAAGUGCUGCGCGAAGUGCUGGACAGCCCGCCGGGCACGCACGAGGAGCUGCGACAAAUGCGCCAGCACGUGCGCCGGUGCUUCUCGGACAUCGACUGCUAUCUGCUUCCACACCCGGGCAAGAUGGUGGCCACUAGCUCGGAGUUCACCGGCUGUCCCCGGGAUAUCGACGACGAGUUUCUCCUGUACGUAGAGAGGCUGGCGCGACUGCUCUUCAGGCCGGAACACUUGCUGGUAAAGAAGUCGGGAGGCGAGACGCUAACCGCGGCCGACCUCGUCACGCACUUUGUGACGCUGUACGGCGUGAUGGCCAGCGGCGAGCUGCCUGAGCCGCGCAGCCUGGUAAACACCAUGUCAGAGGCGCAGCACCGGACCUGCGUGGACCAGGCCAGCAUUCUGUACGCCGAGCAGAUGCGUCAGGUGUGCGACGCUGACACCAGCUCCCCCGGCGUUCCUGAGGAGGAGCUGCAACGCCAUCACGAGACCGCGCUGCAAAGGGUCGUCGCAGAGUUCGAGCAGAAAAAGAAAAUGCUUGGUAGCCAAGGGGCCCAAUUCAAGCAGCAGAUGUUUGACGCCGUUGAAUCAUGGCGGCACCAGUUUUUCCAUGCCAACAAGACGAAGAACGAUCUGACCGAUGCGCGCGACAACCUCUGCUGCAACAAGGCACUGAUGGACGCUCGCGAUCAGCACCGUCAGAUGCUGAGCGACCUGCUGAGUGGCGCGGCGGGAGAACUGGACGGGAACGAGCUGCAGGAGCGACACGCCCGCAGCCGCGACGACCUGCUGUGCCGGUUUGACGCUCGCACUGUGGACUGCAUCCGCCGCCAACUGGUGGCCUCCUACCGCAACCAGCUAAAGACGCAGCUGGAGAACAGCUUCGAGGAGGCCGAGCUGUUCCUCGAGCAGCGCCGCAGCGGCCAGGCUGGCGCAGAGACCGACCGGCAGGCCAUGAACCAGGCGCGCCAGCAGUACCGCGACAUCAUGGACGACUGCCUGAGGGGAGGUCCGCUGUCCGAGGGGGACUUCGCCUCCCAACAGCGCGCCGCCGAGGAGGAGGCUCGCCGACUGUUCAGUGCCAACCGCGGCCCAGCCCACGGCGGCGCGCAGCGCGUGGACCAGCUCUUCGACCGUGGCAUCCAAGAGGAGUCGCAGAAUGCAGCCGUUGCCAACUUUUUUACAUCUGUAUUGAACGCACUGAUGCCUACUCUAGUGUCGUUGGCCACAAAGGCUGUGGCAAAGUGUGUUAUUAUGUAGGCGCAGUGCUGGCGGAAUAUUCUACUCGUAAGCAAUGAGAUUCAUAUGCGCCCUCGUGGGACAUUGCUUUUUUCGACCAAUUACACGUAUAACAUACCUACCGAUGCCAUUUGCUGCGUUGCGGUAUUGGUGCAUCGCUUAACAAGGGAGUGCCAUAUGUCUCUAUAUGCUGAAACUGGCACUCAAGGGACUUCCUGAUGAUGCUAAAGCAUCCAUGCCAUAGGCACGAAUAAAUUUGCAACGAACUGAUA